AUGCCGAUUGCCAAAGCUGAAAUCCAGGGCCAUGUUGAAGAUAUCCUGGCAUUCAUUCAAGAGAAGGAAGAGGGAUUAAUUGGGACCAGCCUCGAUCCAGGACAUUUCCCAACGAUUUCGCCAGAUCUUGAAUCAAUCGGAGGUUUAGGAAGACAGUCCAGCAUUCACAAUCCAACUUUUCAAAGGGCGAAAGAUGCCCUGUAUCAGUUCAAAGAUAUGAUCACCAAGUACCAAGCGCCUGAAAAAUACGAAGAUGGCAUUACAAUGCCUACCGGGGUUAGGUGGGCGCAGGAUAAGAGGGAUCUUGAAUCCUUGGAUGACCAUGCGAUUUUCACGGCAACUCGACUAAUCAGCAGUCUCAUCGUACCAAAUCCAAGCCCAUCGCUGAAGAGCCCACCCGAUCAAAAAGAUGAAAUCGCAAGGAUGGCUUGGGAGUUCUUUCCAAAGGAAAUAUCCGGGAUGGCGAAGGACACUUGGGGCAAGAUUGCACAAGAACAGGUCAAAGCAUUCACCCAUGUGUUGCGCUCCGUGGAGAAAAAAUGA